UAUUGAAAUGUGGUGUGGAGAACGUGGUCAGCAAAGUUCUUCCCAUAUAGUUAAGUUUCAAAUGCAGCGAGUAUAAUCAAGUAUGCGAUUAACAAAGAUAGCUGCAUCAGUUAUGAAAAUCUUUGCUAUCGUCUAUCUUCGUAUGUGAGUCAUAAUUUGGCAGGAUGCUGAGCGAGUGGAUGUUGGAACUAGAGAAUUGAAUCAAUGUUUUGUAUUGUUUUCUUAGUAGUGUGGUGUUCUUGAGGUGAAUAAAAGAAAAUAUUUUUCCUGCCGUGUUUUCAAAACGAGGAGUCUAAGUAUAUCAUGAAUGAAGUAGGUGUGAAGGCGAAGGUGCCGAAAACAAGCCCUAUUACAGACGACUAUGAAAUAUCCAACACAGUGUUAGGUCUUGGUAUUAAUGGGAAGGUCGUCCAGUGUUACAACAAGAGAACGAGGGAAAAAUAUGCUUUGAAGGUGCUGCAUGACAAUACGAAGGCAAGGCGGGAGGUCGAUUUGCAUUGGAGGGCAAGCAACUGUCGGCAUAUUGUGCAUAUAAUUGAUGUUUAUGAGAACAGUUACAGUGGAAACAAGUGCCUUCUUGUUGUUAUGGAGUGCAUGGAAGGUGGUGAACUGUUCCAGCGAAUACAAGACAGGCAAGAUGGAGCCUUCACUGAAAGAGAAGCAGCAGAAAUAAUGCGAGAAAUCUGCCUAGCUGUCAAACAUCUUCAUGAUAUGAACAUUGCUCACAGAGAUCUGAAGCCAGAAAAUUUGCUUUAUACAAAGCCAGAUCAUACAGGUAUACUAAAACUCACUGACUUUGGGUUUGCUAAAGAAACCUUUUCGAAGGAUACACUGCAAACACCAUGCUACACACCAUAUUAUGUUGCACCUGAGGUACUUGGACCAGAAAAGUAUGACAAGAGCUGUGACAUCUGGUCAUUGGGUGUUAUAAUGUAUAUUCUGUUAUGUGGUUUCCCACCCUUUUACAGUAACCAUGGCCUGGCAAUAUCACCAGGUAUGAAAAAACGUAUACGAACAGGGCAGUAUGAUUUUCCAAACCCUGAGUGGCAGAAUGUUUCACAAGAUGCAAAAGAUCUUAUUCGUGGUAUGCUGUGUAUCGAACCGACCCACCGCCUUACGAUAGAUCAAGUGAUGCAGAAUAAAUGGAUUGCUCAAUAUACAGAAGUACCACAGACUCCUUUACAUACUGGUAGAAUGCUGCGAGAAGGGGAAGAUAUCUGGCCAGAAGUUCAAGAAGAAAUGACACGCUCAUUAGCAACUAUGAGAGUUGACUAUGACCAGGUUCACAUAAAAAAUUUAGAUAAUUCGAACAACCCUCUUCUCAAUAAACGUCGUAAACGUGUUGCAGGAGAUGCUGGUGGUAUUCACCAGCAAUAGUUUUGAACAGUGUCUGAAAUAUUUGCUAUAUUGAAUGGUGCUGUUAACAAAGUGAAGUGUGUCACAAUAGAACAUUGAUGGGGGGUUAUAUAAGACUCUGUACUGGGCUUAGUUUUGUGGUAAAGUGAUUUGUGAAACUGUAUGUGUGUCUGUGUGUGUUAAUUUUUUUGGCAUUUCAUAGGGGAGUAUUAACUUUGAGUAACAGAAAGUGCAGAGUUUGUUAGUACAAAUUCUUACAUCUGAGCUAAAAAUACAGUGAAAACGAGAGUUUUGUAUGAUACUGUUUCUAUACAGUAAAUCAUUGAUAAUUUUUUGACAGUGUGCUUAAUCUCCUCUUUGAACUGUUGGUAUAUUUUAGCUACUUAAUUUUUCAAAACAGUAUUUAUGCACUUACGUUCAGCUGUGAAUUUCAUUUACUUUAGUUUUGUAAGAAAAUCUCAGUAUACUUCCAUGCAGAUCUUAAGAUCACCACAUCAGCCAAAGGAAGAGUUUGCCUGUAUCGACAAAUAUUUCUAUGGUUGGAUUGACAUGUUUAGAUUCUUAGCUAUGUAAAUAUGACCCCAUAAAUGAAUACACACUGACUUGAGUUCUUGAUCAUCAGUAUUUGUUGUACCAGAAUUGGAGAUAACCUAAGCAAUAUGAAGUGAUGAGGUUCGCAUUUGGGUGGUAGCGAUAUCAUUCUUAGGAAACUGAGUGCUGUGCAUUUUGAUGUGUAAUCUGUUUGUGUUUUGUUACACUUUCGUGCCUUAAAAAAAGCCAGUUAAAAGAAGAUUUAGGCUCAUGCCUUGGAGUUGUGUACCUAUGGCUUUGUACAGAUAGUUCUUAGGAAAAAUAUGUGCAGAAGAUUUGUAAAUGAAACAGGUAGUAUCAGAAAAUAGAAGAAAUAAUUAAAAGUGCAUUUUGUCCUGCUCAAAGUAAUAUUUCAGUUGUUUAUUUUCAUUUGUAAGUGCUUUAGAGCAUGGUUCUCUCCCAUUGAUACGGGAGAGUUGAUUGUGUUGUUAAAAACAAUUUUCAGUAGAUUGCAGACAAGACAUCAACCGGUUAACUGACAACAUAUUACUGCUGCAUUGUGUAGACAAAAAUUUGUAGAUGAAUAAAACCUGUAUGCACCAUUUGUGUAUGAUAAAUGCUGUUUUUGUAUUUUUGUCGGAAAUUAGUAUUAUGAAGUAUUUGUAUUAUUUUGAAAUGACACACAUUACUAAAUCUGAAAAGUGAUCAUAUUAUAAGCAAUCCAGAAUAGAAAAUAUAUGACUGCAGAAGCCAUGUGCAAAAAUUUGGCUCACAUUUAAUAAAUGUAUCAUGUAUAAGAUGCUGUGUAAUAUUUGUCAAUACAAACAAGCAAGUUGAUUGUUGAAGUCUC